UUAUCACGCCCCCUCGCCCUGUUUUCUGGCUUUGGAUUAGUCGCUGUCAGGUGCAAAACCUUCCGAUCUGCACUCAGACAGCCUGCCUUUCGGAGCGGCCGCACCGUUACUAGGCAAAAAAAUGGACCAGCGAACUGAUUAGUGCUAUAAUCACAGAAGCACUCCGGGGAGAGUGAUCAUGGCUAGUCGGCGAAAAGACAACCCUCGCGUCCGCACCGGAGACAGUGGCGUCGACAUAAAAACAUCUAGGAAGCCGCGGCAACGGGAUUCACCAAGCGAGGCAGAGGACUCAACCGAAUCAAUGACGGAUCUACCACAAUGGAUGCGCCUGUAUUUCUAUGGGAUGCACGGUGUAACUCUGGACAUCCUGCUGUCCUCUGUACGCGGGUUUAUAGGUAACCAAGACCCGAAACUAUUUGGUUUCUCAUCUCCUUAUCUGUGCAUCAUGCAUUCGCUGACCUAUUUUGUAUUAGAGAAAGUCUACAUGCAAAAGAGGUGUUUUCACGGACGACCCGCUGUUUUUCAUUUAGUUUUCUACCCCUCGGUUUAUAUCGGGCUGCAGAUUCUGAUUGGGAAUAUAAAUACUUUGACUGAGCAGGUUAGAAUGGUGUCAGCGUCGCAGCUCGCAGUUCACUAUAUUCUAGCGCUGUACUUCACCCAAGUGUUCCACAAGGGGCUGUCGCAGCUUCAGUACGACGGCCCCAGCCAAAGCAUCCAGGCUGAUAUCACUCAGGAGCGGCGGAGGUCGAACGGACUGCCUGGUGCUAUGCGGUUCUUGUUUUUUGGAAUGCACGGUUUUCUGGACGAGGUCGUGUUCACUUCAGUGUUUAACCUGGUGGAGAAAUCCGACCGGACAAUGAGCGGACACACGUCCCUGUGGUCAUUUUUUAUGUACGGGAGCUGCAGCUUCGUGGUGGAGAAGCUCUACCUAUACUUGCACUUCAAACGAGGCUGGGGAACUUUGAAGAGACUCCCAAUCUACAUAUGCUUUAUCUAUACUUGGGAGUUCUGCUGGGGACUGGCUCUGCGUCAGUACGACGCUUGUUCGUGGGAUUACUCGCAUUACCCAUUCAAUUUCAUGGGUCUAAUCACUCUACUGUACCUUCCUGGAUGGGUCUGCCUUAGCCUCUAUCAAGAUGUCCUGUCCAACGUUUUGCUGCGAGUCAAGUGCAGCACCAAAGAUGAGGAGAGGGACCCGGGCGCCGGUGUCAACGGACGCCUCCUGCUGAAAAAGAAAUGAAUAAACUAAAUUGACAGGAUUUAUGAAAAAUAAAAUAUAUCAGAUAACCUUAUCCCAUAGUCCAAUUCUAUAUGAAUUAAUACCGUUAUAACGAUAUUAAUGGUUGUUCACUGAUUAUUUAAGGCAGGGGUUUUCAACUGGUUUUGUCCCAGGGACCACCAUUCUUCCUGGAAAGUAUUCUGCGGCCCACUGAUGUGACUUCGCGUGAGCGCGUUUACGUGUGUGAGUGCGUGCGUGCAUGUGGAUCGAAGGAAGUUUUAACAUUUCGUUUUCCAUGUGGUUUUUAUUUAAAAACCUCAAACAAAUCUAGAUAUAUCUACUUAAAAACCUCAAACAAUAUACAUAGAAUCUGAAAAAUUGAAAUAUGUGUAUGUGAGAUUCUGAACAAUUCUGAAAAAUAUGUGUAAAAAACAACAAAAACGGUUGAUUUCGGUUUUUCACGACAUUCAAGAGUAAUCAGGAAAUGUAUUGAAAUAUCAAAGCAAAUUUAUUAAAAUAAAAAAUCAAUGGUGGACUGAUAAACAUAGGCUCGUGUCCCAGAUCCCCUGCAAUGCCGCCGCAGACCACCAGAGGGCCGCGGACCCCCGGUUGAAACCCCCUGAUAUAAGGACAAGGUCUUUAAGACUCUGAUGAGUGUAACCUACUUACACUUAAAAAUGUGUAUUUCCUAAACGGAAAAAAUAGGUAGCUGUCAACAGCUUUAAUCUGUGAUACACUAAAUAUUGUCAGUCUGCGCACUCCAGCAAGGUGACACAUUUCCUACAACAAACUGCCGUUUAUAACUUGCUUGAUUUGAGUGAUUCAUUACUGCUCUAAUAUUCCUAAUAUUUAAAUUUCGCUGUUUUCUAUUUUUGAUGUCGGUCUAUUUUGAUAGCUAAUAUUGAGUAGCAGCCUUAGAUAUGCAUGAUGGCCUAAAACAAGAGAUUGAUAGCAUGCUUUCAACACAUUUAUUGCAUGAUAUUGCCUGAUUGCUGAUGUUGUUCCUUUUCGAGAAACGCACGACGAGUAGAAUCCGUUUGAUAGACUGUACAGUCAGUGACAGGAAAGCAACCGAGCAAAUGACCGAGAGAUAACUUUACUGUGAAUUUUUUAUGUACCAAAUCUGUUUCGGAGUGCCUUUCUGAGCAACCUUGGGCAGACAGAAAACAGCACUAAACUAGUUCUAGUGCAAGGCACUAUCCUCCGUAUUUUAGAUGUGUGAAAAGGCGUCGACAUGGAGGUCAAUUGGAUCUCACAGAGAAGGGUGCAUGGACAUUGAUAAAGCAGCUGUUAGCUGGUGAUGGUUACCGUCUGCCUAUGGUUGUGUGAUUCUUGUUAGAAUCCAUAGAAAGUGAGAACUGACAAAGGUAAAGGGGUAAUUGUAGACCAUGGGACAUGACAGAAAUGUCUAAAGUGACCAAAGAUGAUGGCUGACUCAUUAUGUUUUACAACUUGAUCAUUACACGUUUAUAAGCAGGAUGUUAUGUAGUCACUUUUAAUUCAUUAUGACUAGGGACCUGACUUGUCCACGUUGGGUGAUGCAGUCAAUAAAAAAAGAAAACAGACCCCAUAAAUUAUGGUUCUCGGAAGAGUAAAAGUUUGGAAGGUGACGAGAGACUGCUGGUGUCUGAUCUGUAGGCUGGCCACCAGUCAUUUAGGCUCUGCUUGAGACAAUAUGAGGACUGUUAUUUCUCCAGUUAUUCAGAUGGAUAAUGUGUGCAUUAUAAAUACAUGCAUUGUACUGUAUGAAGGAUGUGUGUACAGAACACUGCACAUUCUUUUUGACCAGACCUUCUUCACUUUGUCACUCUACCCAGACUAUUGCCUUGUGGUGCUUUUUGUACGCAUUAAACAUUGUAUCAUAUUUUAGAAUUUACUACCGUACAGAUUGUAAUACCACAUUUGAGAAUAUAGUACAGUGGAACAAUCCAGUACAGUGGACAGAUCUGUGUUCUAGAGUCUUGUAAAAUUGUCUUUCCUCCAGUACUUUGUCUAAAGGGGCCAUACCACAGAUACAUGUCUGAAUACCUUGCACUGUGACUUUGAAAUUCAAAUUGAUAUUCAACUGGAACUUGAAAUUGUAAAUGUACCUUUGUUACACUGGAUUACACUGCAUGUUUGAAUGAAAUCUGUGUCCUGGCCUUGUGUUGGGGCUACCUUUUACGCACUGGGUAACAAACCUUUUUUUCUGAAGACUCAGGUUGUUGAAUCAGAGACCCAGUGUCCUAGACAUGUGAUGGAGACUGCAUUUGUAUAUCUGACUGCCAUUUCAAAACAAGCAUUGCUAUUGGUGGACUGUAUGCAGAAUUGGUUCAGAUACCACAGAAGCACAAUUUACAACAUGAUUGUUCUGAUGAGUUUGUUUCACAAUAGUUACAUGGACAUCUGCUAAAAUGGCAGCUAACAUUGCAUAUCUAAGUAUAAAAUGUAUGUUUUUAAACUAUUAAAAAGUGUGCUACCCAGAAUGGGGGAAUAUUUAACAUGGCAAGGUUGGCAGUGUGAUAUAUAUAAUAUUUGAAAAAUGACACUGCAGAGAUUAAUUUAAUGAUCGAAUGAGAAUUGUUUGUUAAGAUUUGUUAUUUACUUGAUUAAAAAAAAUGGA